AUGAUUUAUUCGUCGUUGCCCUCUGGUCGUUGCCCCAUGACUUACGAAGCCGUUGUCGGAGUAGCUAUACCCAGUGCUCCUGAUACGAAAUACCCCAUACAAGAUCAAAUCGGUGACGAUCUAGUUGCAGAAGCUAUACACUACAAAAAAGAAAUAGGAGACUCGCUACACUUUCUCGUGAAGUGGAGGGAUGUCCAAGAACUUUCAUACGUGAGAGAUACAGUCGCAUAUGAAAAGUUUCCGGGAGUGGUCCUCGAUUUUUACGAGAGGUACAUUCUAUGUUUCAGAGUUCAAUAG